AUGCUGAAAGUCAUUGGCAACUUUGAGCCAUUUGGACUUUCAAGACUUAAAUGUAAUCCAUCAAUGAUCGAAACAAGAUUCUUUGAAGAUGGUAUUGAGGUUGAUUGGGCAAAGAAUGAAAUUAUUUGGUCAAAAAAUAGAUGCCUACUUCACCAUUUAACAAUGAGUGCAAAAGUCAAAGAAUCUAUCAUAUGUACAGUUGAUUCAGUUCGAUAUUUAGCUGUUUUAUAUGAAAGCGGCCUCACAUUAUUUUCUUUCUCAGGACAAUCUUAUAUGAUUCCACUUCCAUUCCCAAUAUCACAAAUAUUUACUCUUCACAGAUCAAUAUUGCUUGUUAGAGCUCAAACUUCAUCGUAUUUACAAGAACAAUAUUCCGAUUUUCCAAUUUUAUUCACUCUUUAUCAUCCACUCGAAGAAAUUCGUCCAGUUGCAUUCAAUGAUACUAUGAUAAAGAAGAUUAAACCCAAAUUUGCUACAAUAAUGUCUCCAUCUCCAAGAAAAACACCUCUUUCGUCUAUUCCUAAGACAGAAGAGACAUUAUGCUUCAUUACAGAUAGUGCGUUUACUCCAUUACAUGUAUCAAAUGAACGUGUUUACAUGGUUGCAAAAACUAAUGAAAUUGCAACUGUUUAUAAAUUCAUUGAACCGACAUCAAGUCGCGAACUUUUAUUCUCAUCACCACAUUUCAGGCGAUCGCCAUCAAUUUUCUCACCACCACGUCAAUACAAUGGCUUAAAUUCCCCAGGAACUCAAGCAAGAUCAGAGAUUCAAGCAACAUUAGAAGGAAUUCCACCAGAUCUUUUCAUAGAAUCAUUAUAUGACUUUGAAUUUAAGUCAGACACGAACUAUUCAUCGUUUUGCGAGAUUUCAGACGGUUCAAGAAAAUAUCUUAUUUUUGUUCAUGAAGGAUUCCUUGAUGCUAUUGAUAUUUCAUAUGUUGAUGGCUAUAAGACAAUGAGAUGGCUUGAAGAUGCCCAUCAAGUCCUAUCCUAUGACCAAUUAAUGUAUUUUGUUGUUCAUAACAAUGGAAAUCUUUCAUUAUUCGAAGAGAAUAGAAUGAUAGCUCACUUCGAUGUUAAAGAUGUCGUCAAUAUUGCAAGGCUUGGAAAAAGAUUUGUUUUAACAUUCCAAUCUGGUAAACAAAUCCUUGCAAAUAUCAAUAUUUCCAAUGACAAACUCAUUAAUUCUAUCCUAGAAAUUGCCCAUCUUUCUGUUUCUAAGGAAUAUUAUGCAACUUUUGUUCUUGCAUUAAGCGAAUGCGGCACUUUAACAAAUUCUGACUCAUUUUUCGACAGCAUAUUCAAUUUAUUGGUCAGUUUUGAGAAUGAUUCAGAACUUGUCAGCUUCUUCACAGCUUUGCAUUUGUUGUUUGAAGACAUGAAAAUCAGAAAAGGAACAGAGGAAAAUCGCAAAAAGAUAUUGACGUUUUUAAUCAAACUUGCAAAACAUUGCGGAAUGAUUAAUCAUUUAUUAUAUUACGCAAUGAACUCAGAAGAAGAAAUAGACAUCGAAGAUAUUAAUAAAGGAAACAGUUUCUCGAGUGAUGUUCAUGAUUUAAUGGGAUGGUGCAGCCAAUGCGUUUCAGGAAAGUCAUUGGUUGAAGUAUCAUCACCAUUCAGUUUAUCAGAGAAAGUAACUCAUGUUUUCGGAUCAAUUCAUUCCUCUGAAGAUGCGAAAACAAUUGUUGUUCUCAGCGAAAGAGAGAAACUCACUUUGAAACAAAUCAUGGAACUACAGCCAGCUCUUUCUAUUCCUUUACUUAGAAUAUUCCAUUUAACAAGAGAUUCUCCACCAGAAGAUUGGCCAAUAGCUGCUUAUAAAUUAAUAGGAAGAGAUGAUAUCGCGAAGUUAUUGGAAUACAUCAAAGAACCAUUCGAUAAUCUCAAUUCUCCACAAGCAAUUUUACCUGAUUUGAGGUUCCUCGAAGUAGAAAGAUUGUUACAAUCGCAUCUCCCAGUAACAAUUGAUGUUGAAAGACCAAAUGGAACAGAUGAUAUCGUUUACCAAUCAAUGAUGGUUUCUAAGUUAAGAAUAUUACUUGAGAAACAAUGGAGUUUGUCAAUAGGAAGAGGAAUGUUCAAUUUGAGAUCAGUAAAACCACUUCCUUCACAAAAAUUAGUUCCUGAAGAGUUAAACAAAGUCGGAUACACAACAAACGGAACCCAAAUUGUUGAUACAGAUGAUAAUGCACAACAACAAGCAGAAAACAUCACUGCAACUACUUGGGCUCAGUUUAAUAACGGCGUUUCUGAUGGUUUAACAGUUUCUGAUGCAAGCCACAGUUGGAUUGUUGACACAAUCAGUAAAGAAUACACUCCUUACAGUGCUGGAAUUCUUUAUGGAUUUGCUGUUAAUGGAUUGCUCAGAAAACUUUGGAAACUUGAUAUUUUCCAGUACUUGACAUCUCCUGAUAUCAAAGAAAUCAACGCAAUUGCUAUGGUUUUCGGACUUGGAAUUUCAUAUCGCGGAACAAGAGAUUUAGCAAUUUCUCAUAUGCUAACAAUGCAUAUCCCUGAACUCAGACAGUUCCAGCAAAGCGACUACGAAAUGAGUUCAUUGAUAAAGAGUGCCGCCAUCUUCGGAAUUGGUUUCUUAUUUGAAUGUUCUGCCAACAGACAUUUAACAGAAGUUUUUGCACAACUUCUUGAAAAAAGUGCGAUUUUUGAUUUGGCAACACUUCCAUUGUCAUUAGGAGCAGCAAUUGGUCUUAUCUCUCUCGGAAUGGGCGAUAAAUCUCCUGUUCUCAAAGAGACAAGAGAAAGAUUAUGCAUCAUAUUGGAAGGAAGCAAAACAGCUGAUGUAAGUAAUGAAAAAAUUGCUACAUUUGGUAAUUCUGAUUUCUUUUCAAUCGCUCCAGCUGCAAUCUUCGUUCUUGCUUUAGGAUACAUGAGAACUGAUCACAAGAGAGUCCAAAAUGCCUUGAAUUUACCAGCAGAUUCGAAUUUCAUCAAUAAGAUGAUUCCUGAUGUUGUUUUGAUGAGAACUUGCGCAUCUUUGUUGAUUGAUUCUGAUCCAUACACAGCAAUUAACUUUAUUGUUCCUGAAGGAUUAGAACCAGAUAUUUUGGCAUCAUUAGUUACUGGUUUCUCAAUUGCAUGCGGAAUUAAAUUUGCAGGAACAAUGAAUUCCAAAGCUUAUGAGAGAUUAAUGACAAUUGCUAAAUGUUUGGCUCUUUUCAACAAAGCACCAUUUGAUUUCACAGAUUGCACGGCAAUGCACAGAGAAGUUUGCUUAGUAACUGUUGUUCUCGCGAUGUCUUACAUCAUUGCAGGAACAUGUGAUGCAAACUUCUUAAGAUUCGUCAGAUUGAUCAGAAGAAGACCAUGUAUGACAAGCCAACCUUUGUUUGUCAGUGGUCAACAAGCUUUCCUUUCAAUGGCUGUUGGAACAUUGAACUUAGGAAAAGGAAGAUUCACUCUUAGCCGUUCCAACUCUGCAAGUGCAAUGCUAUUAUUGGCAAGUUAUCCAAGAAUUGCUAAAUCUUGCGGCGACAAUGAAUAUUCAUUGCAAACAAUGCGUCAUUUAGUUAAUUCUGCAGCUGUUCCAAGAGUUUUGGAAGUAAGAGAUGUAGAUAAUGAUGAAAUUGUCAAUAUGAAGAUAUUAUUGACAUUAAAAGAUGGUGAACCAAUAAAGAUUCACACUCCUCAUGUUCUUCCACCAUUCGAAGACAUUAUUUCUUUGCAGAUUGAAGACGAAAACUAUUACAAAAUCAAUAUAUCAACGAUGCCAUUUAAAGAUGAAGAAACAAGACCAAUAUUAUGGGUCAAAAAGAGAGAGAAUACAGAAAUUAAAGAAGAAUAUGAUGUGGAAAAUCUCAGAGCAAUUUUCAAGAUGAAAUUGAAUCCAAUCUUCCAAUAUAAUACAUCAGAAAAAGAAGAAAUGCUUAAACUGAACAAUGAAUUAGAAUGGGAUGAUCAUUCAGAUACUAUUGUCCAGUUCUUUAAAGAAACAGAUCCGGCAAAAAGAUUGAAGAUUUUGCAUGAUACAAAAUGCGUAACAACAUUUUUGCAGUUUUAUGGAAUAUCUCCUUCAACAUCAUUAUCAGAUAUCGGUAUAAUAGAUGAUGAUGCUCUGGCAUUCUUAAUACCACAUUUAUCUCCAGAAGAAAUUUCUCAGGCUAUAUAA